CUGCGCUUAGUUCGCGCAUUCGAGCGAAUGACACGAAGGAUCUAACAAACAAUGGCAUUCAAUGCCAAAAACCUACAGUAUAACAAGCAAGAACCCACCUUCCUUCGCAGGUUGAAAGGGGAAGUCGGAGGCCUCGAUGGACGACACAACGUACAGAUCCCUCGGCCAAAAAAGGAUAGGUUGAAGACAGGUGACGAUGAUGAAGACGAGCCAGUAAUCCUGGACGAGCGGGGUGAGCGAGUUGAAAAGGCCGAAUUCGAGCGGAUGAUGAAAGGGGAGGACGAGACUCAAAACCCAGCGGACGGGGAGGACGCUGGUGCUACUGGGACUCAAGCAGAAGCAAGCCAAGGUUCCGAGCAACUUGAGAGGCAGAGGGUGACAGAGAUUGGCUUUGCAGCGAAUGCAAAGAAGAGGAAGGCUGUCAAAGUGGUCGGGGGCGAAGACGAAGAUGACCGGGAUGUGAAUGAUAAAGCCCACAAACAGAAAGAUGGCCCAAGGGAGACAGAUGAGGAGACUCAUACGGCUAAGACCAGACCAGCUCCACCAAAGAAGAAAGGAAAGAAGAUCAAGUUGUCCUUUGACGAUCCAGAUGGGUGAAGAGAACGACACCAAACCCCCACCAUCUGAAAACGCUCUUGACCGGUCCUUACACGUGAGUCGGUCCAUCAGAGUCGGGCCUCAGGCACGGCUGCAUUGCAGAGGUGACGUUAGAAGACAUCAAAAUCGGAGCGCGUCUUCGCUUUGAUGUGAAGGGGUUACCCAGCCUUAUUGAGGACUCAAGGUCAAGCUCCUCCUUGAGGAGAAUCGAAAUCUCCCACCACUAGGAAAUGAAAUCCUGAAGCAAGCGACCCAAGCCGGUCCUUGGGGCAAUGAAACCAGGUGCCGCAGAUUGAAAGAGACCCCAGCACAAGGCUCGAUACGACUACAUGCAACGGAGUCGUCAGGCUAGGCGUGGGAAACGUCACCAUUCACGGUCGAAAAAUGAGACUGAGAGCGUACAAUCGUGGAUUCCCAGUUAAAUCGCACACAAAAAACACAUCAGGGACGCCUCAGCCCAUCUCCCUCAUGAUCCUCCCAAUCUCCCUCCGCGCGAACUUCUCCCUCUCGGGCUUCGGCAUCUCUGACCCAGCCUCGCGGAUUGCGACGACUCUCUCCAUCAACGUCUGCAGCUGCUCGACCUGCGUGUCUUCAUCUUCUUGCUCCCUCUCGGGACCUUCCUGGUUAUUGUCAUCACUGUCGUCAGCGUCUUCAAGCAUCGACAUCUUUAACUCCAUCAUCUCACGUUGGAGUUCAUAGUCAAACCCUAGCAGCCCC